UCUAACAGACAGUGCUAGCAAAGUUACUGCUAUGAACAGUUGAGCAGCUAGUCACGGCUUUGGUUAGCAGCAGCACAAGAGCGACGUCAACAGCUUCACAUUGCUAAGCUAGCAGCUGCUUAGUGUUUGAAACAACUCAUACAUGACUUCAAAAUGGUUGUGGACGAAAUUCAAUUCCUGAAUAUCCUCAAAGGAAAACGCGUCAAACUAACCUUAAAGACGUCGUCUUACCUUGGCGUCGUUCAGCGAAUCAACCCCAACAAAACGCUGGUUUUGGCGGACGUGAGUGGCAGUAAUGGCAGUAGAUUUCCUGGAUCAAAGAUGUUCUUCGGGCAUGAGAUCAUCAAUGUGGAAUUUACCCAUGAAGCAAAACCUGACCAUGGAAAUGUCCAAGACCAGACACUUGAGCACCUGAAUGUAGAAAAGUUUCAGCCUUACAGGAAAAAUAUGACAUUUGAUGAAGAGGAGGAAGAGGAGUACAUCAACUUUGAAGUGAUUGAUGGAUUUCAUGAGAAAUUUGGACCAGCUGUGUUGCACAUCAAAAAGCAGCAUGUCAUUGGUUUGGGUGUUGAUGGAGUUGAGGUGUUUCGACAUGGGAGACUCUGUUGGCUGCAGAUUUCCACUAAAAGCAAAGUCUAUCUGUUUGACAUCCUGAUUCUCGGUGCACGGGCCUUUAAGAACGGUCUUUCCAUGAUCCUGGAAAAUAAGCACAUACUGAAGGUCAUUCAUGACUGCAGAGCCAUUGCUGGAUGUCUGUUUGCUCAGUUCGGAGUAACGCUAACGAAUGUCUUUGACACACAGGUGGCUGAUGUCAUGUUCUUCUACUCCGAGGCGGGUGGUUUGCUUCCUGACAGAGUCAGCACUCUGGAGGAGGUGGUGAGUCUUCAUCUAAAAGUGCCCUCCUCCCAGCUUCAAUCCCUUCAGAUGAAGACACAGCUUACCAAGGAAGAAAGGGAGAUGUGGCAGAAGCGCCCAUGUCCAGUCCCCCUGUUAAAGGUGAUGGCUCUGUCAGUGAUCCACCUUCAGCCUCUCAGACUGGUGCUGCUGGAUGCUCUUAUGAUGGACUACAUGACCUUGGUGGACUCAUACCUCAAAAGCAGCCACUUCCAGCCUGAUGAAUUAGAGCAUGUCACAAUGGAGAGUGUGUUGGAGCUGCCCAAAGUGCUCAGGCAGAUCGAGCAAAUCCGAUGUGAGAAACAGGAAUGGGCUGCUGCUCUUUAUCCUGUCACUGAGAAAGGUCUGCUGGAUCGCUUCAACCCUCGACCUCAGACUCCAUCUAAUACCUCACCAGCAGCAGAGCAGCAUCGGCAAACAGACGCUGAACCUCAGACUGUGCAAUCACCUUCCCUUCAACCAGUGGACCUGAGUCACCCCAAGCCACCUCCAAGCCCUCCAGAAGACCCUUGUGUCCCGUCUGUGGACGUCCCUGUAUCCUCUCAAGUUCCAUCCCUAACUGCUGCAACAGACCUCAGCACACAAAUGUCUGCAAACAUUCCCCCGUUUGUGCGUGUAGGAAGAGGCUGCACUGAGUCGCUGAUGGAUGCAACAGGUAGAGGAAGGCCCCUGGGGAAAGACUCAUCAGUACCAUCAGUCUCAGCCUUACCUGCUAUAGGAAGAGGGUUUCUUCUCCAGAUGUCACAAUUCAAAACUCCUAGAGGGGACCAUGGACUCACCCAAGAAGUGAUUUCCCACAAAUACUCUGACCCUCCAAAGGACACUUCAGACUCUAUGACACCUCAGCCCCUCUCAUCACCACCCUCGAAGUCAUUCAGGCCUUUCAGCUUUUAAAGUGUCACAGAGUGGCAUGUGGAUGUAUCUUGUAAAGUUUUAUGUUCCCUUGUUUGUGUUUUCCUACUGUGACCAGUAGAUGGUAGUAAAUGUUCUGUUUUGUGCAAGUGUAUGUUUGAUGCAAGAUGUUUCUGAAGGCUUCUGUUUUCAAGUAAAAAAAAGAGAAAGGAUUAAGUUGUUUAGCUGUUGAAUUCACGAUAAUUUAAAUACAGUUUUAUUGGUUGUGA